AGACUUUAGUUUGUUUACUUUGAUUGAUUCUGUUUGGUCUGGUGUUGCAUCAAGUACACUUAGUCAAGAAAGUGACCAGGUGCUACCAGGAACAAGUGGAGUUAGUGAGGAGAGCGAGCAAGCACUCCCAGCACCGAGCACUGCUGCCUGCACCGUGGAGCCACCUGGAUUUUGUUAUAUAAUGAAGGGAGAUAACUCCACGAAUGUUGACGUAACUCCAAUAGAUACCCCUGCCCUACUGUCACGGUAUCGUCCUCUGUCGCUUACUGAUCUGUCAAAGGCCUGUAGGAAACCAGCGGAAUUGAAACGGUUCUGUUUUGUUGCAAAAGUUUUAGCCAUACUGCCAUCAGAAACACGAGUUGCUGAUGCGAGAGGUAGCUCUGGGACAGCUCCGCACUUAGGACCUUCCCACUGCUAUGUAUAUGUGUGGUCCGGCGUGCCCUCCUCUGAACCCCCGCCCAGCUACAGUGCUGUCAGGGUAGUCUUUGAUAUCGUAAACACUGUCUGUGGAAAGGUCAUGUUCUUCAAAGACGUCUUUUACCACAAAGAACAACUCUGCUGUGAUGGCUACUCUCAAAUACUACCAAUCACUGAUGUACCAGACGCCUGCCUGUCUACCAACAGUGAGAUAACGAUGAUAGAGGCAGAGAGGAGAGCUCUUCAGGGGGAGAUUACUAUCCCCAAUAUAUGCAGUGAGCUUCCUGAUCUUUCACUUUGCAAGGCAAUAGCUAGAGUGAGGGGUGUUGACGAGAGCUCAGCCUACUCCUGGGACGUCUGUAAUUAUUGUGGAAGUGACAAGCUUAUAACCCGACAAAGGUGA